AUAGAACAUGGGCUUAGGACACCUAUAAGCCUGCUGUUCAAGAUGGCCCAUCAAACUGGUCAGUUAUGAACUUUGCUGCAGGUCCCUGAAAAAAACUGGAGUCAAAGAAACUUUUCUUUUGAGCUACUUGGAGCUUGUAGCAAUUGAGUAAAGUAUAUUGCUGUGAAUAACAUUUGAAGCAUAUUUGUUUCUCUCUACCUAAUUUCUCCAGAAUUUGGAAAUUAUUUUUUAAAGGUGCUACCAUGGGAGGUCCGUUCCAAGAUGGCCGAAUAGGAACAGCUCUGGUCUGCAGCUCCCAGUGUGAUCGACGCAGAAGAUGAGUGAUUUCUGCAUUUUCCCACUAAGGAACAGGGGUCUUGCUACGUUGCCAAGGCUGGUAUGAAUCCCCUGAGCUCAAGCAAUCCUCCUGCCUCUGCCUCCCAAAGUGCUGGGAUUACAGGCGUCAGCCACCGUGCCUGGCCUGAAUAUCUUUCUUGAGGAUGGAAAAAAAAAAAAAAAUUUUCUACAGCGAGUUAAUAAAUGCCACUAAGAAAAGGGGAAACAUCACAGCUACACCUUCAAACGUCAGAAAAAGAAUUUUUUUUUUUUUUUUUAGGUGGGGGUAUGAUUUUGAUCUGGGCACUAACGGGGACACUGAUUCCUUUCGCCAGUAAGUCAAGACCAGCAGAUAAAAAAUAAUUUUUAAAAACCUCGUGAGAGUCAUUUGCCGCAGGACGGGAGGAGGAAGAAGCAAGCAUGAGAGGUGCUAACGGAGGAACCUAAACCUCCAUCCUCUUCCCCCGGGAGGUUAAGAACUACAGGGAGAGGCGAGAGAGACUAUGACCGCCCUACGGCUAGAGCAGCCGCGAAGAGAACACUUCCGGGGCGGGGCUAUCUGGCCCUUUCCCUUCCGCAGGGAGAAUGUGGGGCGCCUGUAAAGUUAAGGUUCACGAUUCCUUGGCCACCACUUCCAUCACUCUGAGACGGUACCUGAGAUUGGGGGCGACCAUGGCAAAAAGCAGGUUCGAGUACGUGAGGGACUUCGAGGCUGACGACACCUGCCUGGCCCACUGCUGGGUGGUCGUGCGGCUGGACGGCCGGAAUUUCCAUCGGUUUGCUGAGAAGCACAACUUUGCAAAACCCAAUGACAGCCGUGCUCUCCAGCUGAUGACCAAAUGUGCCCAGACUGUGAUGGAAGAACUAGAGGAUAUUGUGAUUGCGUAUGGACAGAGUGAUGAGUACAGCUUUGUGUUCAAGCGGAAAACCAAUUGGUUUAAAAGAAGAGCCAGUAAGUUCAUGACUCACGUGGCCUCCCAGUUCGCCUCCAGCUAUGUGUUUUAUUGGCGGGAUUACUUUGAGGACCAGCCCCUUCUGUAUCCCCCAGGCUUUGACGGAAGAGUCGUGGUGUAUCCCAGCAACCAGACCUUAAAGGACUACCUCAGCUGGCGACAAGCAGAUUGUCACAUCAAUAAUCUUUAUAAUACAGUUUUCUGGGCACUUAUACAACAAUCUGGACUAACACCAGUACAAGCCCAAGGGAGAUUACAGGGAACUCUUGCAGCAGACAAGAAUGAGAUUUUGUUUUCUGAAUUCAACAUCAACUAUAAUAAUGAGCCGCUGAUGUAUAGGAAAGGGACUGUGUUGAUAUGGCAGAAGGUGGAUGAAGUGAUGACAGAAGAAAUUAAGCUGCCAACAGAAAUGGAAGGAAAAAAGAUGGCAGUGACCCGGACCAGGACAAAGCCAGUGCCCUUGCACUGCGAUAUCAUCGGGGAUGCUUUCUGGAAGGAACAUCCAGAGAUUCUAGAUGAAGACAGCUGACCCUUUGCGCUUCAGUUCUGGUGUGCUUAACCAUGGAAGCCCUCCCAUCUCCCAGGGCUCCUUGCCUUAGGUGGCUGUAGCAUCCCUACCACCCAGGACACUGGUGCGAAUGACACAACUCAAGUUGGGAGGGAAACAGGGAAGGAAGGGAUGGAUGGGGGUGGUGUAUCUUGUUCUGUUUAAGCAGAACACCUUGUUUGCGGUGUUGGAACAUGGUUCCUUUGGCAGAAGUGCUUUUUUUUUAAUCGCAGUACUAUUUUUAUAAAGCAAGAACUAUUUCAUGCC